GCCAUGUCGUCCCCUGGCUCGUCGUUUGUGCAGAUAAAGCAUGAGGACCUGCGCUUCUAUGAGAACUGUGGAGGAGGCAGCUUUGGGAGCGUCUAUAGAGCCCUGUGGAUUUCUCAGGACAAGGAGGUGGCCGUGAAGAAGCUCCUGAAGAUUGACAAAGAGGCCGAGAUUCUCAGUGUCCUGAGUCAUAAGAACAUCAUUCAGUUUUAUGGAGCUGUGCUGGAAUCUCCCAACUAUGGCAUUGUCACAGAAUAUGCCAGUGGGGGGUCUCUGUACGAGUACCUCUCCAGUGAGCAGAGCGAGGAGAUGGACAUGGAGCAGAUCAUGACAUGGGCCAUACAGAUAGCCAAAGGGAUACAUUACCUCCACGCAGAAGCUCCAGUCAAAGUCAUUCACAGAGACCUCAAGUCACGGAACGUGGUGAUGACAGGAGACAAAGACCUGAAGAUUUGUGAUUUCGGGGCCUCUAAGUUCCUCACCCACACCACCCACAUGACCGUGGUGGGCACGUUCCCCUGGAUGGCUCCUGAGGUCAUUCAGAGCCUGCCUGUGUCCGAGACCUGCGACACCUACUCCUACGGCGUGGUGCUGUGGGAGAUGCUGACUCGGGAGGUUCCUUUCAAAGGCUUCGAAGGGCUGCAGGUUGCAUGGCUGGUGGUGGAAAAACAAGAGAGACUGACCAUCCCCACCUGCUGUCCUGCAAGUUUUGCUGAGCUGAUGAGGAAAUGUUGGCAAGCAGAUCCAAAGGAGCGUCCGCAGUUUAAGCAGAUGCUGGUAACCCUGGAGGCCAUGGCCAACGACAGCAGAUUACCGGACCAGUGUAAUUCCUUUUUACAUAACAAGGACCAGUGGAGGUGUGAAAUUGAGUCGACCUUGGAACGCCUUCGCAAGCUGGAGAGGGAACUUUACUCCAAAGAGAAGGAGCUGGAGGAGCGGGAGAGGAGGCUCCGACUGUGGGAGGAGCGGCUGAUGGAGAGGUCCAACAUGACGCCCAGUCCCAACUCCUUACUCAUGGAGCGCUCCAACAUCUCACCAUUCUUCACCCCCAUGUCCAUCGGCUCCUCUGGUUCCUUCUUCCGCUCGCACUCUCAGGACUCCAACAAUACAGGGGUCAGCAGUGCCGGGGUCAGCAGUGCUGGGGUCAGCAGUACCGGGGUCAGCAGCCUCCUCCGAACCCUCAGCAACGGAGACACAGAGAGGGGGAGCAGUGCUGGGGUGGAGAGGGGGAUGGGCUCACUCGACAGCGGGAGGCUACACGCCAUGCUCAGGGGGUUACAGGGGAGGUUCGGAGAGGAGGUGGACGAGGAAGAUGAAGGGACUCUGCAGGAGAAAGGCUGGGGGCAGAGGGAGAGACAGGAUAGUGGGAGUCUGGACGGAGGAAGAGUGCAGGGUCUCCACGGGGGUCUGGGGGGCUUGGGGGACAUGCUCACCUUAGACAUGGAUGACAUGGGGGACAUGGAGGGACUGGGGGACAUGGACAUGAACAUGGACAUGAACAUGAACAUGAACAUGGGGGACCUGGGGGUGAAGGUGGUGGGUCAAGGAGUCAGGAGUGAGCUGGGGGUCAGGGGUCGCAGGAGUGACGUGGGAGUAGUCCAGGGCGUCAGGAGGGGGGACCUCAGCGAGGCCAUCGGCCAAAAGAUCAGGGGCGAGGUGGGUGUCCGCGGCCACUCGGGGGUGCAGGUGAGCAUGCGGUCUUCGUCCAAUCAGAACUCUGUGAAGAGCUGCAGCGUGCGGCACGGAACCAAGAUUAACAUGGCUACUGCAGCCAUGGACAUGAUGGAGCUCGACUGGUCUGACAGUGACUAGGACAAACACACACAAACACACACACACACACACACAAAUAGACACACAAAAACACGGAGGCCAAA